GCAGGGCUCGCUCUCUGAUUCUUCUCUCCCUUGAGGCGGCCAGGGUGUCUGAACCGCAUGGGCACCGAGAAGUUCGGGCAAGAGGGCGGGGAGAAGGGCUCCGUAGCGAUAUUUGGCUCAAGCCAGUCUGGCUCUGGCCCCUCUCUUGCGAAGCGCUGUUGCCCAGCGCUGGCCCCGAGCCCCCUGCAUGGGGCCAGCAGACAGCAUGCGGGCCGUGGCCUUUGCGGUCGCCUGCGCCUGGCGUGCCCGGGCAGGCCCUCCGACGGAAACAGUCAUGGUCACGGCGCCCAUGGCUUCGGGCGGCUCGGAGAUCGACAUGACCGUUUGGCAAACAGCAUUCACAUCGUCCACUUCGAAGACCCACGAUUCCCAUGCGCACGUGAACGGGCAUCUGGUCAAGGUCUCCAACCCCCUCGGCCGCGUGGCGGUGGUGCCCCCGCUUCCAGGCGGAUGCGGGACGAUUGCCUACGUGCCGGACACGGCGGCGUUGUACAAUCCCAGCUGCAUCUUGGCCACGGACGCUGGUUACUAUAAUUUGAUCGACACGUUCCAAUGUAUUGGCAACGUUGUAAGUGAUGGCGAGAUCCAUUACACUGAGCCCAUGAAUACCACCAACGUGAAUUUCGGAGUCCUCAAGAACGGUAGCUUCGUCAUUGGUUACAUUUCGCCAGAGACCGUAGAGACUGGGAUUUUCGAGCACUUGGUGGGUGGACUGGGCUGGAUCGUGCGUAACGGAUUAAACAACGUGGAUGCCGGGUGGGAGGAGGCCUAUACCGCUGCGGGCUCGAGCGGGGACGAGUAUAAAGAAAUGACCUCCGGGCGAACCACUAUCGGUUGGGACAAGAAUGGUGGGCUCAUCCUCCUCCAGUAUGAUGGUCACACGGGCGCCCCGUCUUGGGGCGCGACAAUGAAUGAGUUGGCCGACAAGAUGAUCAGCUUCGGUGCCGUCGAGGCGAUCAAUCUAGACGGCGGCGGCAGCACCCAGAUGUGGAAGAACGGCGUGCAGAUUGGCUACAGCUCAGAUCGCGCCACUUACGGGGUGUUAGCCGGGACUUACGAGCCAGGUUGCCCCAUCGGCGAGGGAAAGGGCAAUCUCAGUGCCUUCGAGUGCGCGCGCAAGGUCAGCACCAUCAUCUGCAUCCACGAGGCCAAUAGCGGCGUCACGUCGUUCCUCGCAUCCCCGAGAACGCAGGCGGGGUCGCCGGUCUCGGCUCUGUCGCUCGGAUUCCUGGUCGUCGGAUUGUGCUUGGGCGCCGCCGUCGGCGCGGUCGCCUCGAAAAUGUGGAGCAAGAAAGAAGGUAAAGGCGCCGAUCUGAACGGGGACGACUCAGAGUGAAUCUGGGUAGCUAAUUUUCUUCCCGCGCGAAGAUAAUGCUUCGGAGUGCGAUGGGUGAGUCGACGGGCUUAUAGCAGGCCUGCUCUUCAAAGGCGCAGGAGACGGCCGUUCUCUCGCUCACCCCCUCCGUAUCCCAGUUUUCCAUUUGCUUCUGCACCAUGCUGCACCAUCGCAGUUGCCUGGUUACUCCCUGCAGAGCUACUGCAGCUACCGCGUGUGGGCUAUUUCUCUUAACUCAGUGCCGCCAGCCAUGUUUUUUUUUUUUUCUCCGUCGACUAGCCGCUGCAAGACGAGUCGCUGCGUGCCUUCAGGCUGCCAGCCACUUAGCACGCUUGUGACUUUGAGCGCUAGUUGACCACUGGAUGGGGUAACGCUGGGAAGAUCAUGUCACCACCGACAUUCGGCAUGAUAGAAUUCCUCGAACUCCCCCAGCACUCCAUCCUGCAUUGCAAUUUCGCGUCUUUGGCGCGUUGCUUCGUGCAUUGCGUCCAUCUGUUUGCCAGCGGCACGUCAAGGAAUCCGGAAGACCUCCGAGGAAGAAAAAAAGAGGGGGGAGAAGGACUCAAACUCCGUCCCCAGACCCUUGCCAGGGUCCAUCUGGUGUAGUUUUUCCACCCUGGACUCGUGUUUGACGGUCCCCGGGCCCGGCAACGGCCCCUGGAGAGUCCGAAAAAGACAGACUGCCUUCCCGAACUCAGCGCCUCCAACCCACCCGCCCUUCUUGCUGGCCAGAACGGAGCGCCAAAAGUUUAUGUUUGUGCCGUUUUUCCUUCCUCUAUGUGUCAGAGCGUGAAUUACCUACCCCGCUUUCGCUUCCAGGCAAAACCGAGUCAUACCACGCGCCUCCUCGUCAAGCGGCCUGACCAGUCCAGGCUGCAAUUUGGCGUCGUUUGGUAUCUCUUGGAAGCGAGGGUGGUCAAAAGCGAGGUAGGUUUGUUUUCCCCCUACUUCUUCUAUGCAUUCCAUCGGGCGCCCACCCUGAACCCAGGAGCUGUGCAUACGCUCCCGGCCGAGCCGGGAGGGCGCGGCGCAUGCGCCGCUGCUGGGUUCCGCAUGGGCCUGGCCAGGGAGCAGCGGAUGCGUAAAGAGGUCGUCGCCCUUAGCUUUCGUCGCCCUCAUUGCUCAGUCCCAUCCACAUGUCCGUCCCGCCCGAACCUGCACC